CCCCACGCCGCGCCGCGCCGGCGCCGGGCGGCAGGAUGGGCUGUAUCCAAAGCAUCACCUGCAAGGCGCGGAUCCGGCGCGAGAACAUCGUGGUGUACGAUGUGUGCGCCACCAUCGACCAGUGCCCCACGCGCAUCGAGGAGACCUCGCCCAUCGUACUGCGCUACAAGACCCCCUACUUCAAAGCCUCGGCCCGCGUGGUCAUGCCCCCCAUCCCCCGCCACGAGACCUGGGUGGUGGGCUGGAUCCAGGCGUGCAACCAGAUGGAAUUCUUCAACACCUACAGCGACCUGGGCAUGUCAAGCUGGGAACUGCCCGACUUGAGGGAAGGGAGAGUAAAAGCCAUCAGUGACUCAGAUGGGGUGAGCUACCCUUGGUACGGGAACACCACAGAAACUGUGACCCUGGUUGGCCCCACCAACAAGAUCUCCAGGUUCUCCGUCAGCAUGAAUGACAACUUCUACCCCAGUGUGACAUGGGCGGUGCCAGUGAGCGACAGCAAUGUGCCACUGCUCACAAGAAUCAAGAGGGACCAAAGUUUCACUACCUGGCUGGUGGCCAUGAAUACCACCACGAAGGAGAAGAUCAUUCUGCAGACCAUCAAAUGGAGGAUGAGGGUAGACAUUGAGGUGGACCCUCUUCAGCUCUUGGGGCAACGGGCCCGGCUGGUGGGCAGGACUCAGCAGGAGCAACCCCGGAUCCUGAGCCGGAUGGAACCCAUCCCCCCUAACGCACUAGUGAAACCCAAUGCCAAUGAUGCCCAGGUCCUCAUGUGGAGGCCUAAGCGGGGGCCACCUCUGGUUGUGAUCCCUCCUAAGUAGAAGCAGACUGGUGUGACUGUGUGUGGAGCACAUGCUGUGGAGACACGCAGGGAGGUGGCAGGAGCCUAACUGAGUUUCUGAGCCAAAGCAGACCUCUCGGUUUGCCAGCCUUUGCAGCCACUUGUGAAGAGCAGGGCUGCUCCUUGGGUGGUAGACCAUAAUCUUUUAAAAAGCACUUCCUUUUAGGAAUAAAGAAAUCACUGAUUUGA